CUUGCUGGAGCCCGCUUCCACUUACUCCGGAUCCCGGGCCCUGGGCGCCAUGUGCCUUCUCCGCGGGCCGCUGCUCCUGCUGCUGCUGUUGCUGGGUCCACCUGCGGCUCAGGGUGACUGCAACAUUCCCCCAGAGGUACCUAAUGCCCAACUAACUUUGGGAGAUCUCUUGAUUUUUCAAGAAGGAACCACAGUAACAUACAAAUGUAAUGAAGGCUUUGUAAAGGUUCCUGGCAGGGCCGACUCAGUGGUCUGUCUCAACAAUAAAUGGUCAGAGGUGGCAGAAUUUUGUAGCCGUAGCUGUGACGUUCCAACCAGGCUACUUUUUGCAUCUCUCAAAAAGUCUUUUACCAAACAGAAUUAUUUCCCAGCGGGUUCCACUGUGGAAUAUGAAUGCCGACCUGGCUUCCGAAGGGACCGUUUUCUCUCAGGAAAACUAAUUUGCCUUCAGAAUUUUACGUGGUCCAAACCAGAUGAAUUUUGUAAAAAAAAAUCAUGUCCUAAUCCUGGAGAUUUAAGACAUGGCCAUGUCAGCAUACCAACUGACCUAUUAUAUGGUUCAUCUAUCUCCUUCUCAUGUAACGAGGGGUACAGGCUAGUUGGUGAAACUUCUAGUUACUGUUCCCUUGUAGACGAGGGUGUUGGGUGGAGUGAUCCAUUUCCCAAAUGCCAAGAAAUUUUCUGUCCAGAACCACCAGAAAUUAGCAAUGGAUUCAUUCUGGAUCCACGGGACACUUAUGUGUAUCAACAGGCUAUAAAAUAUAGAUGUCAUGAAAGCUUCACCCUGAUCGGAGAGAACUCUAUUUAUUGUACUGUUAGAGGUGACCAAGGAGAAUGGAGUGGCCUGCCACCUGAAUGCAAAGGUUCUCAGAUUUCUAAGGUCACACCACCAGUUCAGAAAUCCACCACAGUAAUUGUAUCAGCUACAAAGGCCACAUCAACUCCUCAGAAACCUACCACAGCGAAUGUUCCAGGUUCCGAAGCUACAUCAACUCAGAAACCCAGUACAGCAAAUGUCUCAGGUACCAAAGUCCCAUCAACUCUUCAGAAACCCACCACCAUAAAUGCUCCAGCUACAAAGGUCCCAUCAACUCUUCAGAAAUCCAACACAGUAAAUGUUCCAGCUACAGAAGUCCCAUCAACUCCUCAGAAACCUGACACAAUAAGUUCUUCAGCUACAGGAGCCCUACCAACUCCUCAGAGACCCAACACAGUACAUGUUCCAGCUACAAAGGCCCCAUCAACUCCUCAGAAACCAGACACAAUAAGUUCUUCAGCUACAAAAGCCCUACCAACUCCUCAGAAACCCAACACAGUAAAUGUUUCAGCUACAAAGGCCCCAUCAGCUCCUCAGAAACCCAACACAGUACAUGUUUCAGCUACAAAGGCCCCAUCAACUCCUCAGAAACCCACCACAGCAAAAGAUUCAGCCACAGCCAAAAAAUCCCCCAUAUCAAAUGCUCUAUCUACAGAGACCCCACCGGCAGCCCAGAAUCCCAUCAUGGCAAAUGCGUCUGCUACACAGGCCAUGCCAGCAACCCAUAGAUCCACCACAGCGAAAGCUUCAUUUACACAGAGUCUUCCAGCAACACGAAAGUCCACUGUUAUCCAUGCCCCAGUGACUAAGGGUCUCCAUACAACAAAAAGAUUGGCCUCUGCUCAUAUUACAGCAAAACAGAGUUCAGCUACUCCCAGGACAACCAGCACACCUAAUGGAAAAGGUACCCUCUCUUCAGAUGCUGCCAUCAUUGCAAUUGGUAAGUUUGGUUCUUCAGCAGUUAAAAAAAAUUGUCAUCACUGUGGGAUGUACAAUCCAUAUUCCUGGAAGAGAAUAUUGUCUUUUUACUGUCUUAGGAAUACUAUUAAAAUGAAAUGUUUAAGAGUGUCAAGGAGAAGACAGGUAAAUGCAGUUUAUCGACGUGUUUGGUGGACACCAAUAGGUACUCGGUAUGUUCCUAAGUAUUCCCGACCAUGUUCUUGUUCCAGGGUAAUUUUAGGGCAACUUCAAAUUAUUUGGCCAGUCAAUCAAGUAUCCUUGAAUGCCUAUUGUCUCAAUGCAUCAUCAUUUUAGGGGCCAAAAACAACAAGAAGGAGGCUGUUGUCAAUACAGUUUUUAAGCCUCAAGUAUUGCCUAAGUACUCACAAACUACUCCUUGACUGUUUCUAGACUUCUAUUCCAAAUAAACCGGAAUGCUACCUUUGAUUACGUUCUCUUCCUUUUCCCUUCCCUGUCAGUGAUUUAAAGCAAAGAAAACUUUAAAAUUAUUCUGUUGCUAUAGAAAUAAGGACAUAUCUGUGUUGCAAUGUCUUCUGGCCUUUAUUCCAGUAUUUUUUUUGUUGUUCGUAAAUAUAUUAUUUGAUGUUAUACAUUUUAACAAGAAGAUUAAUAACUCCUAAAGAAGAUGAUAAAAGAAAUGUUUGAGAAGCAAUACAGCUAUGUAAUGUAUGGUGAUUAACAUAAUAAAAUAAAAUUAAAAAAAAGAAGCAAUACAGCUAAGUUGGCAUAUUAAUAAGGAAUGCCCAACGGAAAAUAUACACUUAUAAAAAAAAGUGAAUAUUUUAAAAUUAUGUCCUUGUAAACUAAGGUCUCCUAUCUAUGCAUGCAUGAAUGAGACAAGGGACUGAAGCUGAAAGUAGGUAUUUUAUUAUUAUUUUUAUUAUUUAUAGUUCUUUUAUAUUUUGAAUGAACCUCUCCUUAGCUAAAAUACUUAUCUUGAAAGAUUUGAACAGUUGGAAUUCACUUUGUUUGUUUGAUAUUUUAAAUAGAAAUAAAUGUAUUCUAAAGGAAAACUUCAUGAUUUCAUCAUUUAAUGUUAACAAUGAUGAGUUUAGUGGAUGGGCUUUUUCUCACCUGCUCAGUGGCAUCCAAUGAAGGUUUGAGGGGUUUAUUUUCUCUGAAAUUCUUGAAGUAUGUACUAUGUGAUCUCCCAGAAACUUUCCCUUAGGGUUAGAUGUAAUUCCAACUUGUGCUCAAAAAUAAAGAGGAGCUCUUUCCCUCUUAAAUCAGACAUAUGGCAAUAUUUUUCUUUGGGAUCUUACACUUGUAAAAUAUAAACCUAAAAAUUAUCUUUAUUUCUUCAAUUUAUUCUGUGCAGCGGGUCACUUUUCUCAUUUU